AUGGCAGAAACAAAAGAAGAAGUUAAAGCUCAACCAAAAGUGUAUUCAUAUGCAGACUUGAUCGAAUUUGAAAAUAAAUAAGCUUUUAGUUCCAUUGGAAAAAUGCCUAUUUCAACUAAACAAACACUACCAAGUUACAGUUUCGGUUCUGCUGAGCGUGCCAAUCAAGCAAAGCUCUAUCAUAAUAAAGAACUUGCCAGAAUUGAUUUUGCAGGUAUCAAUCAAUCUUAGUCUUUUAAGGAAAGGGAAGUCCUGGACCAGUUUACAAUGUUAGAGGAGGAGAUCAAUUUUAUUAUACAAAGGAUGCAAAUACAAAAUUUGGAACUGAUCCUCGUAAUACAUUAAAUACAGGUGCUAAAUUUGAUUAUUAUCAAAGAAAGGAUGUUGAUGUAAAUAACUUAUUCUAUUCAAGUUUGAACCUUAAGAGGCAGAUUUAAAUAGAAAACCCAAAGCUGCAAAUGUCAAAAUCGGAUUAGAAUCAAGAGUAUUUCUUUCUUAAUAUUUUAUAGUUUCCUCCUGAAAAAAGACUCAAAGGAACACCUGGUCCUCAAUAUGAUCCAGCCAUUAAACCUGAGGUACCAACUCCACCUCAAUUUUCCUUUGGAUAUAGAAGAGAUAUCCCAGGAGCAUCAGCAUUAGCCCCUACAUGUUCUACUCCAGUUAUAGUUGGACCUGGAGCCUAUUUACAAAAGCCUCCUGCUAAUACUAGCAAUUUGGAAGACGCUUCCCGUUGGACCAUUCCAAAAGGACCAAAAAUUGGCAAGUACUUUGAAGGCUGGGAUAAAAAUCAAACAUACGAUACCAAAUAGUAAUCUUAAUAAGAUAAAAAAGAAUUGCUGUAGGAGUAUAAGUGAAUUCCAAAAAGAAAUCGUAUCCUGCAUUCAGUGUAGGAAAAUCUACAAGAGAAGCAAAAGUGGGACAUUUUAAGUAGUUGAUGGUCAAGGUUCCUUCAAAGGUGCACAUUCCUCAUCCUAAAAUUUGA